AUGGCUAUUUCUCCUUCUCUUUUUCGAAUUUUGGUCGUCGGCUUCGUUGCCCUCGGCAGCACAACCUACGGCUACAGCUCCAGCAUCAUCUCCACCACUCUCGGCCAGCCAUCUUUUCUUUCCUAUUUCAAGCUCGACACGCGACCCAAUGCCACGCAACUCGAAGGCGCCAUCAAUGGCCUUUUCCAGGCCGGCGGUCUUUUCGGUUCUCUCUCUUGUAUCGGGUCGGCGGAUAAACUAGGACGUAAAAAGUCUAUUUUGAUUGCUUGUCUGGUUACCGUUAUUGGCGGUGCUUUACAGGCUGGGAGKGUACAUAUUGCUAUGUAUUUGGUAUUCAGAUUCAUCACUGGACUCGGUGUUGGUGCCCUGCUCGCACUGGUUCCAUUGUACCAGUCCGAAAUCUCCCCGCCAAAGAUCCGUGGCUUCUUAGUCGGUAUCCACGGUGUCAUGCUCUGUCUCGGCUAUGCACUUGCCAGCUGGAUUGGUCUAGGAUUUUACUUUGUCAACGCCUCAGGCUCACAAUGGCGCCUUCCCCUGGCGAUUCAAUGUCUACCGCCUCUCAUUCUAUCAUGCGGUAUCUACCUCCUCCCGGAAUCUCCGCGCUGGUUGAUCGACAAUGACCGCGCCGAAGACGCACUCAAAGCUUUUGAAUCUAUUCACGCGGAAUCAGAGACUUCCAUGGCCGGCGACCACGACGCCAUGAUCUCAGACUUCAACCUCCUCCGCGCGCUAAUCGCGCACGAACGCGAACAACGACUGUCCUUCCUCGACAUGUUCAAAUCACCCUCCAUGCGCAAACGUUGCCUAAUUGGGUUCCUGGUGCUGUUCGCCUGCCAAGGUACCGCAACUCUAGUCAUCAACAACUACGGGCCUUCCUUGUACAAGUCUCUCGGCUUCGAUACAGUCUCCCAACUCGUCAUACAGGGUGCAUGGAUCACCGUCUGCCCCAUUGGAAACUUUAUCAAUUCUCUGAUUGUCGACCGCGUAGGUCGAACCCGUCUCCUCAUGGCCGGAUUUAUAGGCACAAUCACCGCUUUAAUCGGCGAGUGCGUCGCUCUAAGCGUCUACAACCACACAGGCUCAACAGCCGCAAACACGGCCGCCGUUUUCUUCCUGUUCUGGCACAUCGCUUGCUUUUCGGUGACCUGUGAUGCGACUUCUUACAUUUAUGCGUCCGAGAUAUUCCCCACCCCCGUUCGCGCAAAGGGACUUGCGAUAUCGGUGUCAGGUCUCUUUGUUGCAACCAUCAUAUUUCUGGAGGCUGCGCCGACUGCAUUUGCAAAUAUCGGGUGGAAGUAUUAUACAGUUUUUAUCGCGUGUACAACGUUGAGCUUCUUGUUUGUCUGGUUGUAUUGUCCUGAAACGAGUCAGAAAUCGCUCGAGUCGAUUCCGGAGUUGUUUGGAGAUUCCGUUGAGCCUGCUAAUAUCAAGCCUAUUUCGGAUGUGAAGGAGAUUGAGGAGGGUGAUUUUUAA